AUGAGCCGGGCUCUUCUCUUCUCGUUCCUUCUCCCGCUCCUUGCGCUUGCGCAGAGCUCGCCAGCGCAGAGCUCACUACCGCCCGCGGGCUACAAUGGAGGGACAGACAACCCACAGGAUCCCAGCGAUGCUGGUGCAGAGGGAGCGCAGAAGGGUGCUUUCUCACUCUCGAAAGGAGCUCUCGCAGCGAUCAUCGUUGUAGCUGUCAUUGUGGUCAUUGGAGGCAUUGGCUCAGCGACCCUCUUUUGGCUCGCAAAGAAGCGACAAUGGGACGUUCGACAAUCUAUCCGCCGCGCCUCUCGUCGUCUUACCGGUCGCGCGACUACCGAUGUUAGCAAACAGAACCGAAACAACCGGAGAACGGGCAUUCGUCUCAACUCACCGCCUCCUGGAAAGAAUGCUGGCAGCAAGCCCAAGCAAGAACACGAUCUCGAGAAGGGUUUCCCCAUGUCAAACAAACAGCCGAAGACGACCACAACGAUUACAAGCGUGAAGAAGUAA